GUAUUAUCUUGAUUUUUUUAAGAUGCCAACUCAGUUCGUGGAGUCGGUUUUGGAAGUACAUAGUAAAUUUGUUCAGCUCAUCAACACAGUUUUGAAUGGUGAUCAACAUUUUAUGAGUGCUCUUGACAAGGCUUUGACGUCAGUUGUUAACUACAGGGAGCCCAAGUCAAUCUGCAAAGCACCUGAGUUGCUGGCCAAGUACUGUGACAACUUAUUGAAGAAGUCAGCGAAAGGAAUGACGGAGAAUGAAGUAGAAGACAAACUUACAAGUUUCAUUACUGUUUUCAAGUACAUUGAUGACAAAGAUGUAUUCCAAAAGUUUUAUGCCAGAAUGUUGGCAAAAAGAUUAAUUCAUGGUUUAUCUAUGUCUAUGGACUCUGAAGAAGCCAUGAUUAAUAAACUAAAGCAAGCCUGUGGUUAUGAAUUUACCAGCAAGCUUCAUCGAAUGUAUACGGACAUGAGUGUUAGUGCUGAUCUCAACAAUAAAUUCAACAACUUUAUCAAAAACCAGGACACAAUUAUAGAUUUGGGAAUUAGUUUUCAGAUAUAUGUUCUACAGGCAGGUGCAUGGCCUCUAACUCAGGCUCCUUCUUCUACAUUUGCAAUUCCUCAGGAACUGGAAAAAAGUGUACAGAUGUUUGAAUUAUUCUACAGUCAGCAUUUUAGUGGAAGGAAGCUUACUUGGUUACAUUAUCUUUGUACAGGUGAAGUAAAAAUGAAUUAUUUGUGCAAACCUUAUGUAGCCAUGGUCACAACAUACCAAAUGGCAGUGUUGCUUGCCUUCAACAACAGUGAAACUGUCAGUUACAAGGAGCUUCAGGACAGUACGCAAAUGAAUGAAAAGGAGCUGACAAAAACUAUCAAAUCAUUACUCGACGUUAAAAUGAUCAACCAUGACUCAGACAAGGAGGAUGUAGAGGCAGAGUCUACAUUUUCAUUAAAUAUGAACUUCAGCAGUAAACGAACAAAAUUUAAAAUUACUACGUCGAUGCAGAAAGACACACCACAGGAGAUGGAGCAGACCAGAAGUGCUGUAGAUGAAGAUAGAAAAAUGUAUCUUCAAGCUGCUAUAGUCCGUAUCAUGAAAGCACGUAAAGUGUUGCGACAUAAUGCUCUUAUUCAGGAGGUAAUUAGCCAAUCAAGAGCUAGGUUUAAUCCAAGUAUCAGCAUGAUUAAGAAGUGUAUUGAAGUUCUGAUAGACAAACAGUACAUAGAGCGAAGCCAGGCCUCUGCAGAUGAAUACAGUUAUGUAGCAUGAUGUUGCUAUCCUGCAGGUAUGAUUGUAAAGGAGAUCAUUGCUGUCACUGUUUGGUGUGUUCCUGUGGGAAGAGGCAGGCCUGUGCCUCCAUAAUUGGUCACUUGGCAGCCCCUGUUUUUCUGCUGUUUACAACAUCACCAGUGCCAUGUCAUGAGCGUCAAUGAAAAUGCCUAUAGAUAUUUCAAGCUCAUGUCAUUAUGACAUUUCUUAAAACUUUACUAAAAGAAUGAGUGAAGUAUUGCUGAGAUGUGGAAAUUUGGUUGGGUACCAUGCUUUUUUUUUUUUUCCUCCCCUUUCACGUUUGCAGUUGAUGUUUUUUAAUGUAUCUUAAGACAAAAGUUAAAAAAAAAAAGAAAACCUAAAUAUUGUAAUAUGACAGAUAACCUAAUAAUUGUAUCUACAUUAAAAAGAAAAAAGAAAAGAUGAACAUGAUACUGCUGCUUGUCAAAUAAAAAAAAUAAAGUUA